AUGAAUGAUGUAGAUAAGUUUUCUCCAUGUUUUUAUUGUGAAGGAUAUUAUACUCGGUGUUUUGGUGAUCCAAUAUGUCGAAUAUGUCAUGCAUUUAUAUAUCCACAUGGAAUCGAUCAACAGCAAGAGUCUAAUGGUUGCGAAGAUAAAGGUGAAGCUGAUGAUUCAGGAAAUGAAGAUACUGAUGAUGGAUAUGCUUGUGCGUCGGGAACGACUAAACAAGCCAAAAAAUCCUUAACAACAACAAGUAUAGAUUCAUCAGUACAAGCAACAAAUAAUUCUGUUAUUUCUUUAACAUCAAAUAAUAGACGAAAUGAUUUAUUAAAUGAACUUUUACUUGAAUUAACAGUACCAAAUGUUAUUUGGAAUGAUCAUACGUCUUAUUUAAGUCAAUUACCACCUGAAGUUAUGUUAACAAUAAUGAAAUGUAUGGAUGAUUUAAGUAUAUAUGCAUUAGCUAAAGCAUCAAAUCGUUGGAAUCAAUUGAUUAAUUCAACAGUUGAUUGGAAACAAUUUAUUCGUACUCGUUGGCCACUUUUUCCAUUAUCAGAUGAUGAUAAUAGUGGAAAUCUUAGUCGAAUAUAUGAUCAAUUGUAA